AAGAGUAGUGUCAGUAAUCUCAAGCACACAAAAUUAACAAACGGCGCGCUCCCCUUCGCCGGCAACCAACUUUCCGGCACCGUUAGACACCACUGAUCACUGUUCUGACGGGCCUCAUCCCCAGCAAUGGCUUCCGUCCCUUCAAAGCUCUACGCCGAUGACGUCAGCCUUCUGAUGGUCUUGCUAGACACCAACCCGUUCUUCUGGAGCUCAUCGUCUCUCCCAUUCUCCAAGUAUCUCUCCCAUGUGCUUACAUUUUUGAACUCGAUUUUGCUGCUCAAUCAACUCAACCAAGUAGUGGUGAUUGCUACCGGGUACAGUUCAUGUAGCUACAUCUACGAUUCGGCUUCGGCUCCUGGCCAGGGCUCUGAUCAAGGAAGAAUGCCGGCGCUUUGCUCUCACUUGCUGAAGAAGCUGGAGGAGUUUGUGGCCAAAGAUGAGCAGCUGCUCAAGGAAGGCUCAGCUGAAGGGAUUCCUUCUUCGCUGUUGUCGGGGUCGCUGUCAAUGGCUCUAUGCUAUAUACAGAAGGUUUUUCGAUCAGGACCACAGCAUCCUCACCCCAGGAUUUUAUGCUUGCAGGGAUCGUCAGAUGGACCUGAGCAAUAUGUUGCAAUCAUGAAUGCAAUAUUUUCUGCACAGCGUUCCAUGGUUCCUAUAGACUCUUGCUAUAUGGGCUCUAAUAAUUCUGCCUUCCUACAGCAGGCUUCAUACAUUACUGGUGGUGUAUAUCUGAAGCCCCAACAGCCAGAUGGACUGCUUCAAUAUCUUACGACAGUUUUUGCCACUGAUUUGCAUUCCCGAGCAUUUUUACAGCUCCCCAAGUCCGCUGGAGUGGAUUUUCGUGCUUCGUGUUUUUGCCAUAAAAAAACAAUAGACACAGGCUACAUUUGUUCUGUGUGCUUGUCCAUAUUUUGCAAGCAUCACAAGAAAUGUUCAACUUGUGGGUCAGUAUUUGGUCAAGCCCAGUCAGAAGUUCCCUCAACAACCAACAAAAAAAGAAAGUCUUCAGAACCGCUCCUGUGAGAUUUUCUGAGAGCUAGCGCAAAAUCCUUUUUGAUCACGUUUACCGGCAGUGUUAUGAUAUUUAUGAGCACAGAGCCUCAGUGGAGCUUUUCUGUGUGGAGGCAAAGCGGAUCCAGCCAUCAAAGUGAGGGAUAGACCUAUUAAUUGAUUUAUUGUACCUGGUACUAUAUUAAGAGGAAUUACAGAGAAUGUAUACACAAUUAGCAGAUUUGUUGUGAUUCAAAAUAUUAUCUGAUCUUU